AUGGUUAAAGCAAUUAUUGCCCCCUCGAUUCUUGCGCUGGACUUCGCCAACUUGGGAUGUAACUGCCACAAGAUGUACGAUUCUGGUGCUGAUUGGCUCCACAUCGACGUCAUGGACGGCCACUUUGUGCCCAACAUCAGCUUGGGGCCUCCAAUUGUCAGCAGCUUGCGUAAAGAGUUCCCCAGAAAGGCCGAGAAAACGUUUUUUGAUUGUCACAUGAUGGUGCUGGAGCCUGAGAAGUGGGUGCCUGAGAUAGCCAAGGCCGGCGGUGAUCAGUAUACUUUCCACUACGAGUCUACCAAGGACCCAAAGGGACUUAUCAAGUUAAUCAAGGAACACGGCAUGAAGCCUGCGUGUGCAGUGAAGCCAGAUACGGCCGUGGACGUUUUGUAUGAGUUGGGAGACGAUUUGCAUAUGGCAUUGAUUAUGACGGUGGAACCCGGAUUUGGCGGGCAGAAGUUUAUGGCUAACAUGAUGCCCAAAGUGGACGCCUUGAGAAAGAAGUUCCCAAAUUUGAACAUCCAGGUCGACGGUGGCUUGGGCAGAGAAACGGUUCCCGCUGCUGCUGACGCUGGUGCCAAUGUCAUUGUAGCAGGUACCUCCUGCUUCACGGCUCCCGACCCAGCUGAGCUCAUUGACUUUAUGAGAGAAACUGUAAACAACAGCUUGAAAGCAAAAGGGUAUUACUCUUGA